GCGCGCUCUAGCUUGAUCUAGCAUAAACCAACCAAUGGGCGGACGCUAAAUAAAAGUCAACAGCAAUCUCGCUUUUCCAACCAUCUUUUUAAUGCUUGGGUAUUAUGCUCACUUGGGCAUUUAGGGGUGAAUUUGGUGUACAACUUCCUUUCAACAGAGGUUAAAAUUUGCAAUUUGUGUCUGCAAGAGAUGGAUGAUGUCCAUUUCGAACCGACCCCGGGGAAGCUUGACAAAGCCCCCGAGGAGAAAAACCUACCUCAGAGCGUGGUAGCGCCUGUUGAAGAUGCAAAACCUGCUCCCAGCGAGACCGAAUCCAACAGCCUUGACGUUCCCUUGAAAGAAGAGAAAAUUCCUUGCGAAAACGGGACUGAGUCUUCAACAAGUGAAAGCAAUGGCAUUUCUGAGGAAAAAACGCCAGAGAAUGUAAAUUCUGAGACCGUGGAAGAACAAGACUGUAAAACGUCAAAAGAUGAAAAAAAUGAUGACAAGAAAACAGACUUACUCUCAAAAUGCAUUUUAUGCAGCAAGACCAUGACAAAGUCAGAUCGCCCGCUUCUUCUUGAAUGUCUGCACUCUGCCUGCGCCAUUUGCGUGGAAAGAAAAAUCGCAGAGACAAGCAACCAAGAAAUCAUAGAUAAUGCAGUAUUUUGCUCCCAUUGUAACAUAUCAACAGACCAGAACAAUAUGAUUAUUGAUCGUUUCAUAAUUGAACAAGAAAAGGAAUGUUCUGCCAAUGAUGCGGAUCGAAAUGAACUUUGCACAAAUUGUGACGACAAUAUUGUAGCUAAGAGCUACUGCCAGGAUUGCAGCGAGUUUUUGUGCGACUGUUGUGUCCAGGCGCAUCGCAGAGUGAAGGUUACAAAAGACCACGUCAUUGUAGAUAAAAGUGAGGCUUCAGACCUGCAUCAGAGGAGCAAUGACUCGCUCAUUGCUGAGCUUCACUGCCCAACCCACCCAGUUGAAACUAUGACGAUAUUUUGUGAGAAGUGCGAUCAGCUGACGUGUAGAGAUUGCCAGCUGCUGUCUCACCGCAACCACAACUUCAAAUUUGUCAAUGAAAUCGCAUCUGAUGCUAAACGGUCUCUCACUGACUUGCUGACCGAAGUGAAAUACAAGCGGACUCUUCUUGAAAGUGCGGUCACGGUGAUUGAUGGCAGAAGCAAGGCUAUUGUCGCCAAGAAAGAACAGCUCAUGACGGACAUCACCUCUAGCAUUACCCAGCUCACAAACGUCAUCAAUAAAAGAUUCAAGAAGAUUGUUCAAUGUUUAAACGAGGUCUGCGAUGAGAAGCAAAAAACGCUGGAGGAGAAGAGAGCGACACUGGAACAAAUAACUAAGCUAACUGACCACUGUAUAUCAUCUGUGUCGAGACAACUUGACUCUGGAUCAGACUUGGCUUUGCUCUUCUCAAAGAAGACGAUAGUUGGCCACCUCAAUCGAAUCAAAAGUAGGAGGGCGGAUAUUCCAAACCCUGACAUUCCCGUCCGAAUUCAAUUUGUAGUUAGCAAAAUGGAUUCAAUUUGCAAUGUGCUUAACUCUCUUGGGGCCAUUGUUGUUGAUGGUCGGUACUUGAAUUGCGACGGGAGGACCGGUACGCCUGGGCCAAGCAAUGAACCAGCUGUUCAGCAUCUUCAACAACUCAUCCAAGGUCAGCGGCCACAGCCCAUGAUGCUAAUGCCAAUGCAACAGCAGCAGCAACAACAACUCCAGCAGCAGCAUCAACAACAACAGCAACAACACCAGCAGCAGCAACAACACCAGCAGCAGCAGCAACAACACCAACAGCAGCAGCAGCAACAACAACAACAAAUGCAGCAGCAACACCAGAAGCAGCAGCAGCAGCAACACGCUCAACUUCAAUAUCAGCGUCAACUUGUUCGGCCUAUGCAACAUACAGCACCAAACAUGGUUGUCCACAACUCUUCAGCGUCUGUUCUUGGUAUGAAUAACAGCGUGACUAUACGAACAACAGGCAACCCUCACCAGGUGUCGUCCUCGACACACCCUGGGCCGCUGAGAAAUCUGCUCGCUCCUCAGAUGGGGGUCCAAGCCAUUCCCAGAGGAAGAUCGCCGCUCAACAUGAACUACCGGUCCAACUCGCCUGCCAACAGUGCCCUGUACAACCAAAUCUUGCCUCAGUCGCAAACGCAACUUGUCCAGAAAAACCAAAUCCUACACCAGCACCUCCAGCCGAAGGUGAACCAGCAGCAACAGCAGCAGUAUCAAAUGCUGCAACACCAGAUGCACCAACAGCAACUACAGCAGCAGCAAAUGCAACAAAAACGCCAGCAGCAGCAGCAUCAGCAACAACAACAACAGCAACAGCACCAACAGCAUCAACAACAACUCUUGGUGCAGCAACAGUUGCAGAAACUCCCUUCAAGCAUCACGAUUAAUCACUCUCCUGGAGUUACAAUUGAAAAAUGCAGAACUGCACAAGCGUCGCAGCCGGAAUGGGUUCUACCUCCAGAGAGACAAAAGCAACCCACGCCUCCUCAACCACCAAAUGACAAUUUCAAGAUUGUCCUGAGCAGCCAGUGGAUGAGUGAACAAGUUACUUCAUCUGGCAGUAGGUCAACACCCUCCCCUGCCAACAUUAGGAACUCUACAGACAGCAAUGUGACGUUAGAAACCUUCUGUCAGGACGCAUCAAAGGAAGUUUUGAGCUUGUUGAACAGUAAUAAACAAGUAAAAAAUAACGCUGUCGAAGCAGUAAUUGCUGUUGACAGUUCUACUGGGUCCCCUGGCACUAAAGCCGCACCACCCUCUGAAGCAAACCCUACAAAUGAAAAUGCGACGGCUGAUAAUGACGCAGAUCCAAAUGAUGAUUGGUGCGCAGUGUGCAUGGACGGCGGUGACUUGGUUUGCUGCGACAGAUGCCCUAAAGUCUUCCACACCUACUGCCACAUCCCAAAUUUGGGCUCUAUUGACCAGAUCCCGGACUCAUGGCAAUGCCUUUUGUGCACCAACAUCAACGACAUCAAAAGACUUCCAAACAAAAAUCCAGAAGGAGUUCUCACCACAGCCGAUAUGAAGUUGGCUCAGCGAUUCCUGCUUGAGCUUUACAGCCAGGUCGACAUGAGUCAGUCCUUCCGAGAGCCUGUCAACACAGAGCUGUUUCCUGAUUACUUGGAUCGCAUCCAGAAGCCCAUGUCUCUUGACGUUAUCAAGAAAAAUGUUGAGCCAGGCCACGAAGGUAGCUACAAACAGUUCAGCCAGUUCAUCGCUGAUGUCCGUCUUAUAUUCCGCAAUGCCUUUAGCUACAAUGAAAAAGCCUCACCAGUAUACAAUGCUGCCCACUCGCUGGAGGCGGUGUUCGAGAAACUUGUGUCUCAGUUCUCCCAAAAAUACUCAAAGCGACCCGCAUCUAUGAUGAGCGGCGACAGAAGCGAGGAUGAGGAGCCAGCAAAGAAGCUACGCAAGUCUGUCUCCCCACAUUUCUGAUCACAACUGAGCCCAUAUUUCAGUGCAAUGGACACUAUUGUUAACUUUACAACGCACUUCCACUUUUAAUAGACCAAACAUUUUUGAAACUACACCCUGAUUAAAGUGCCCAAAAUCACGCCACGCAAUGAGAGCUGACUGCCGCGCGCGAGCUGUAUUCAAAAUAUAGUAAAAUUGCCUUGAGCUGGGUUGUCUACUAUUGAUUAAUCUAACAUAAUAUUGUUCAUUACAUUAUUGGACAGUGUUGACUUUAUUUAAACAAUAGGAUAUCUUGCAGUGCAUCUUUCAUGCCCCGAAUUCGAUUUGAUAUCGCAACGUGCAGCAUGUCAAAUGAUCGGAAACACUAUAUUCCAUGAGGCACGCUCACUGCUGGUGACUAGCGAUCUCGAAAAAUAUUAAACACAAUUUGCAUCGCCUGAUCAUCUUACCGAAUUUUUUCAUAAUUUAAACAAUAGGAGGGGCUUUUGAUUGAUAAGAUAUUGAAACAAAAUUUAUUUAAAAAAGUAUGAUUCAAUAUCUAAAUAUUUCAAAAGGGUUAUUAAUUUAUUUUACACUGGUUACUCCCAUGGACUAAUUGGUUGAAUAAUUAUAAUAACAAAAUACUGUCACACGUUCUUGCUUGUACCAUACCGUCAUACCGUGGCUGUUUCUGCCCCGUCAUUGUCAGCAGUACUUACCCUCCAAAGCAAAAUUCAUAGCCACAGAAUUAGCUGCAGAGAAUUUUUAAUUGGCGAUUGUUGAAUCUCCCUGCGAUUGAUUUUCUUAUUACAAAACAGCCGCUGUACAGUACGAGAAAGUGUGAUAUUGUUUUUUUAUGUAAUCAUUCAAUCAAUUUGCCUUCCGUUCUUAUUGCCCAUAGUAGAAGCCAUUGUAAAAUAAAUUAAUAAUUAAUUUAAUCCCAAAAGAAUGUUUUCAACCUUCAGGAGACUUCAUCUGUUUAAUUUAUUUCUUUUAGUUAAAAUAUUCCGUUUAGGAAAAAAAUACGACCCAGGAAUCAUGAUUUGUGAAUGACGAAGCAGUGCGAAAUUGAGAACUUUUUAAUUUUUUAUCAAUCUAUUGGACUCCCAAACUAGAAAUGAAGUGGAUCACUUUCAGGUUGGUCUACCUAUUAAAGGUUCAUUUGAAAAAUGUUAAAGCUCAAAAAUAAAUUAGCUGAUGCUCAAUCGUUUCGCCCAGCUAGCGACUAUAGCCUCGCGCGCCCAGUCGUCCUGUGCAAAAAUCAAUAUAUAUUAAGCUUGACUUAAUUGCAUUGAAGCGCUUAGCAAAAACUACUUGACGAAACCUGGAAUAUUUUUUCUAAAAGUUGUGUACAAUUCUCUAUUGGAGAUGAUGCGUAAUAAUUCAAUACUUCUACAACGUUAAGUUAGUGUUUAAAAUAUUUAACUUAAUAAUAUUCUUUUCAAAAUAAAAUUCAAUAUCUUUUAA